AUGGAGAAAAGUUGGUAUCCUACACGUGAACUGGCCGCGGCUAGUCCCAAUCACCAGCAGCAAUGCUCCAAGAGCGUCGCUUACAGGCAGCGCAGCUGUGUGGUUAAAGCUGGCAGAGUAGUCGUUUCUUUUUGUUUGAUGAAACUCGUCUUCCGUGAUUUGAAAAAUUUGUAUGGGCAUCGCGCUCGAUGCACAUCUUUAACUAAUAGCCAAGCCUACAGUUCAAGACUCAGGUCAGCGAGGCCACUGUUAAUCAAUAUGGCGGAAUCGGACGUUGCUAAGAGGCAAAGGACCGGCAAGAAUGUUAGCGGGCAGGCCGCGCAUGCUUCGCGGAUCUUCUCGCCAUUCAGGGUGGUGGGUAAUGUGACCAAUGAGACACCCUUCGCGGUCGGGACGUUAGGCACGACGUUCUAUAUUGCCACGAGUGUUGGUAAGAGCUUCCAGAUAUACGAUGCCAGCAACCUGCACUUGCUGUUUGUGUCUGCACAGCAGACGAGUUCUCCGAUCACAUGCCUGGCCACGCACCACCACUACCUGUACGCGGGCUUUGGGAAGCAUGUGGGCAUAUACAAGAGGGGGCAGCUGGAGCGCCUGCUUACGCUGCCGGACUGUAACGCCACAGUGCGGCACAUGUGCGUUUUUGGGGGGUAUCUGUGCGUGUCUGCAGACGACAACAGCGUGUAUGUGUUCAAGACAGAGGGCGGAUCCAAGUAUCCUACGGAGUUCUACACCAAGUUCAACAUUGGAUCGCUGCUAGGAGGGGAGAUUUUGGAGCUCGUGCAUUUGCCGACAUACCUUAACAAACUAGUGGUAGUGACGCACUCGAACAUUGUACUCUACAAUAUUCGGACGAGAAAGAUGCUGUUCUCGAGCGACGAGUUUCCAGAUCGGAUCACGGCAGCCGAAUGUGCGCCGGCUCUGGAUGUGCUGGCGCUGGGUACCAUAACAGGCGAGGUUGUCUUGUACAAUAUGAAGAAGGGUCGGAAAAUUCGGUCGAUCCAGACGACCAACCGGGUUUCGUCCCUUUCAUUCAGGACCGACGGAUCAGCACACAUGGCCAUCGCUUCUACUAACGGUGAUCUUGUAUUCUACGACCUGAACCGCAAGACACGUAUUCAUGUGUUAAAGGGUAUUCAUAGAGACACUUACGGAGGUAUCUCUAAGGUGUCUUUCUUAAACGGCCAGUCAAUCGUUGUAACAAGUGGAGGUGAUAACCAGCUUAAAGAAUUUGCUUUUGAUCCAUCGCUCUCCCAGAGUGAAAGUGAAACGGUCGUACAGCCUCCUCGCCUUUUGCGUUCUAGAGGAGGGCAUUCUCAGCCACCAUCCCGUAUUUGCUUUGCAGACUCCCACUCCCAUUUCCUAAUGUCCGCCUCCAAAGACAGAUCGCUGUGGGGGUUCUCUCUACGGAAAGAUGCGCAAUCCCAGGAGUUUUCGCAGAGACUGCAUAAAAACAAGGAUGGCUCCAGAAUAGGUGGCAGUACAAUGAAGGAGAAGUUCCCUGAAAUCAUUGCGUUAGCGAUUGAAAACUUUAGAGAAGGUGAUUGGGAAAACGUUGUCACUGCUCACAACGGGGAACGCGCUGCGAGAACUUGGAACACCAAGACGAAAAGAGUGGGAAGGUGGACACUUUCCACUAGUGACGAUGGACUAGUAAAAUCGGUGGCUAUGACACAGUGUGGAAACUUUGCACUAAUUGGCUCGUCCAAUGGGGGUAUUUCCGUGUAUAAUCUCCAGAGUGGGAUUAAACGGAAGGUGUACAAAAUGCACAAGGGUUCAGUUACCGGCCUGGCAGUCGACGGUAUGAAUCGGAAGAUGGUUUCAUGUGGGCUUGACGGCCUUGUGGGGUUUUACGACUUCACUACGAAUUCUUUCUUGGGAAAGUUACAGCUAGGCGCUCCGAUAACGCAAUUAGUAUACCACAGGGCAUCCGAGCUGUUUGCCGUCGCUCUCGACGAUUUCUCCAUUCAGGUUAUCGACUCGGUAACGCAGAGAGUUGUCCGUCAACUAUGGGGACACUCAAACAGAAUCACAGCGUUUGACUUCUCUCCAGAUGGUAGAUGGAUAGUGUCUGCAUCAUUGGAUUCUACGCUAAGGACCUGGGAUCUUCCAACGGGCACAUGUAUCGAUGGUGUGAGGCUAGAGAGCGUUGCAACAAACGUCCAAUUCUCCGCGAACGGUGACAUUCUUGCUACAACACAUGUAGCAGGUAACGGCAUAGCGAUAUGGAGUAAUAGGUCUCAAUUUAAAGCCAUUUCAACCCGCCAAAUAGACGAGGAAGCUUUUGCCCGCCUACUACUACCGAGUGCUUCGGAGGAUGGCGGUGUAUCCAUGUUAGAAGGUGCAUUCGAUGCUGAAGAUGAAGAGCAAAGUAUGGGGACAUACAAGUCACUUGAGCAAAUAAAUGAGAGUCUAAUAACGCUUUCCCUAGGGCCACGCAACAAAAUGAAUACCCUCUUGAAGUUGGAUGUUAUUAGACAAAGAUCCAAGCCCAAGGAAGCUCCAAAGAAGCCUGAAAAGGCACCCUUCUUCUUGCAGCUCACUGGAGAAAAGGUUGGAGAUGAUGCCUCUGGAAGAGAAGACGCACUUAACGCCAAUGCCACAACCAGCUUAAAAGAACAGGAAGAAAAAGCUGCAAGCAUGCAAGUUCAAGACCAACUAGCCAAGUUUAAACCCACUACAAAACUUGGCUUUGAGUCUGAAUUUACUAAGCUACUGAGAACAAGUGCGGCUGAAUCAGAUUACAACAACUUUUUGGUACAUUUAGUCAAUAUGUCUCCAGCUUCAAUUGAUUUGGAAAUCAGAUCUUUGAACGCAUUUGAACCAUUUGAAGAGAUUGUUUGGUUUAUUGAAGCUCUGGUCGAAGGUUUGAAGUCUGGCAAGAACUUCGACUUAUAUGAAGCAUUUAUGAGUCUCCUAUUUAAGGCCCAUGGCGAUAUUAUUAACGCCAAUAACAAGCACGAGGGUAUAGCUCGAUCUCUCCAGGAGUGGCGUGCUAUUCAUAAUUCUAGAGAGCAUUUAGAUGAUCUCGUCAAAUUCUGCUCUAGCAUUAUCAACUUUGUGACCACAACUUAG